AUGCUCAUGACACUGGGUGCAGUACCGGCAGCUACACAGAUACAGAGGGGCAUCAACGACACACGUUCACGCAGGCAGUACCAGCCCGUCGAAGCCAAUCCCGAUUCCGCAAUCGAUCUCUCCGAGCCGGCGUCGUUGGAUUACUCCAACGGUGACGGCAAAUACGCCAUGAACGGCAUCAUAGGCACUGCACCGCCAGGUGCCUUAUAUGUUCGUGCGCUUUACGACUAUGAGGCUGAUGACCGGACAAGUCUCAGCUUUCAUGAAGGCGACGUGAUUCAGGUCAUCACUCAGCUGGAAAGCGGCUGGUGGGACGGCGUCAUCAAUGGCGUCCGAGGAUGGUUCCCAAGUAACUACUGCCAGAUCAUUACGAGUCCAGACGAGAUCCCGGACGCAGCACAGAAUGGGGAUAUACUCGGGCAGGAAGAGGAGGAAGCGGACCAAGUCGAAUAUGUCGAGGAGGAAUACGAAGAUGACGAGUCAGAUCAGGAGGAUUUGAAUGGUCUCCCAUUAGAGGGCAUAGGUUCCAGCGCAAAAUCUGGCGCUGAUUUCUGGAUUCCUCAAGCGACACCCGACGGCAGGUUAUUCUACUACAACACCAUGACUGGCGAGAGCAGCACCGAGCUGCCCCUAGAAUCACCAACAUCUGCCAAUGAAAGUGGUCCACGAGAUAGGAUGAACGUAUUCAUGCCAGAAAAGACGCGACCGCCGCCUGAGAUGAUGGCGCGAGGCUUGACACAGGACGAGGAUGAAGACUCAGAAGCGACCUCGGCAUCAGAGCUCGACGGUGAAUCAAUUAUGAUGGCCUCGCGAGGCUCCAUGCCCUCGCGCGCCCGGCUCGGUUUUGCGAACAACGGCAUAUCUCCUGCACCCUCAAUGGAUUCCAUGAACGGUGCUUCCCCAGUCACGCGCAAUCGAACUGACACGUUUAUCAACACCAACGUCUCCAUGGCUACAGGUACAGGCCAAAUACCAACUCUCGCCUCGGCUACCUCGUUCACUGGCACAGCUUUCAAUCUGCCGCAAGCCGCUACGAUCCCUCGGUCCUUCUUCGACGAUGGCUCUACACCACCCUUGUCUUGGAAUUUGCUUGUAGCCAAUAUGAAGCGCGCGAUCGACCGAUACCGCGAUGCCAUUACGAGCAACAGCCGCGCUGAAUAUGUUGCACGAGCAGAAGACAUUUCUGACCAUCUGCGUCUGCUUCUAGCAGCUGGCUCAGGUACAACAGACAACCACUCGGGACAGCCGUCCAUCAUUUCGACGAACAAGGCCUUGUACCCUCACUUCCGCGACAUGAUGUCCAAAUUCUCAAAACUGGUCAUCUCUUCCCAUAUUGCCGCCACAGACUGGCCCAAUGCGGAGUCUGCUCAGAAGUGCAUGCAGGAAGCAGAUGGCGUACUUUUGGGUGUCUUCAGCUUUGUCGAAGUCGCGAGGCAACAAAGAGGCGAGGAGAUACCACGUCUGUUUCCCGGCUUUGUUAUAGGAAGUACGACAGGCGGUAGUUGGCAAAACAAUGGGCUGGGUCCUCGAGAUCCAAUCACAUCGAAUUUCCUGGAAGAUGAAGAAAACCUGAUCGAGCCAAACGCAGUCCUCGACGGAAAGUUAUUGGAGAGGUUAGACGAAUACAAGAGGAUGUUGGUCUCCAGCAUCAGGGAACUGGAGAAGAAUCUCACCGUCUCGGAGAAGAUUGUAACACCUUAUAAGCACGAGUUGGUGGGCAACAACGUCUGCAUAGCUGGGGGCAAAGUACUAGAAAUGUUUAAGCCCUGGAUAUCGAUGAUUGAGUCGAUCGACCUCUCAGCUCUCAGGAACAACUUCCAGACACCUUCAGUCGCUGAUUUCAGCACUUACAAGCAGAGUCUAUACGACAAUGUGUCGGACUUGGUACUGGGUUGCCAAGCUGUAGCUGGCCCUCUAGGGGACGAGUGGGCCGAGGUUCGCGGAGAAUCGCUCGAAAAUCGACUAGAAUACGUCAGGCAAUGUGCGCGUGCGCUGGAGCAGAAUUCGUCGCACAUUGGUUUCUCUCUGCAGCUCUUAUUGGAGCAGGUCGUAGAUGAUUCGCCUCAGAGUGGCCCACGAGUUCCAGAGUCGUUCCAGCGCGAGCAACUAAGGAGAAACGAAACCAUGCCUUACAAUCCCGUACACCAACGAGGAGAAUCGCGUACCUUUGGCGCAAGACCAUCUCUCCAGGGGUCGCAGUCGUACACUGAGGGUGAUGGUGCGCCGCCUAACAAUUAUAGAAACCAGGGCAAUCUGUCCAAGGCAUUGAAAAUUCUGGGAGACGAGGCUACGCCACAAAACACCAUCCAACAACCCGAGGAGACGCCUCUGUAUCUGCAGCUCGACAACGAGGCCGAUCUAUCCUGGGACCACAAAUCCUCACCACCUACGGUCAAGGGAGGCAGUCUCCUGGCAUUGGUGGAGCAGCUUACACGCCACGACAAAUUGGACUCUAGCUUUAACAAUACUUUCCUCCUCACGUAUAAGUCGUUCACAACGGCACGCGAGUUAUUCGAGCUCCUUGUCAAAAGGUUCAACACACAACCACCAGACGGGCUGGGUAACCACGACUUUGACAUGUGGCGGGACAGAAAGCAGAAGCCCAUUCGGUUCAGGGUGGUCAAUAUUCUGAAGAAUUGGUUUGAUAACUUCUGGAUGGAGGAAUCCAAUGAAGAAUCCAAGCAGUUGAUAAGGGACGUCUUCACGUUCGCGAGAGACACGAUAAAAUCAACCGACACACCUGGGUCAGGGCCGUUGAUGUCUGUGUUGGAGCAGCGGCUCAGUGGCAAGGAUCCAUCGUCCAAGCGUAUGAUCCAGACAUUGGCCAACAACGUGCCGCAGCCCAUCAUGCCCAAGAACAUGAAGAAGCUCAAAUUCCUGGAUAUAGACGUCACGGAAUUCGCUCGACAACUGACGGUGAUAGAGUCGAAGCUUUACGGAAAGAUCAAGCCGACGGAAUGUCUCAACAAGACGUGGCAAAAGAAGGUUGGCGAGAACGAUCCCGAGCCAGCCCCGAACGUCAAGGCACUUAUCCUUCAUUCUAAUCAAAUGACGAACUGGGUCGCGGAGAUGAUUCUGGCACAAAUGGAUGUCAAGAAGCGUGUGGUUGUGAUCAAGCACUUCGUAUCAGUGGCGGAUAAAUGCCGCACCCUGAACAACUUUUCGACACUAACAUCCAUUAUUUCGGCUCUGGGCACGGCGCCCAUUGCGCGGUUAAAGAGAACAUGGGACCAGGUUCCAGCUCGAACUCAAGCCAUCUUGGAGACCAUGAGACGCCUGAUGGCAAGCACGAAAAACUUUGGCGAAUAUCGAGAAGCACUUCACGCGGCGAACCCGCCGUGUAUUCCCUUUUUCGGUGUCUACUUGACCGACUUGACGUUCAUUGAGGAUGGUAUCCCGUCCAUCAUCAAGAAGACUAACCUCAUCAACUUUGCCAAAAGAGCCAAGACGGCGGAAGUGAUUCGUGACAUCCAGCAAUACCAAAAUGCACCUUAUUCUUUGCAACCGGUAUCAGAACUGCAAGAUUACAUUCUGAGUAACAUGCAGGCUGCCGGGGAUGUGCACGAGAUGUACGACAAGAGUUUGGUGGUGGAGCCGCGUGAGCGGGAGGACGAAAAGAUCGUAAGGUAUGUAGCUCUACGUGAGCAACAAAUGGCGGCGAUGCAGGGUCAACUCUAUUAUGGUUGA